CGAAUUAUUGUUUCGUUCAUUUUUCCAGCAGACAGACGUCGUAGCAAGCGUUCCUCCAUUGGGAAAGUGCAUUUCCAGAUAUCGGAUAAGAUCGGUAAAAUCUACGACUAAGCGGGCGUUUCACAGUUAGAAAAGAGUUUAUUUUUGUUUUGCUUAUUGAAAAAGUUAAUCCCAAAGUUCAGGCAUUUACUUUCGAUGCGAAGUAAUCCAUUCGCAGGGUAGUUUUCCGAUGGACAAGCGACGACAUGUUUGUCUCUGUGAAUGUGUGCGUGUGUCCGGCGUGAAUGAAAUAUAAAUGCUUGUUUAUAAAGCGAAUCACAUGAAAGUUUUGUUACGAGAAGCGUAAUAAUUAACAGAGCGCAUAAUUAUUAAGCUUAAAAAUCAUUGCGAAGCGUCACAACCCAAGUAGGAAACAGCAAGCAGUACCGGUGGAAUUGGGAAGCUUUGUUCCUCCUCCCGGCCAUCGGAGUGUGUGUGGCUCUGUGCGUGUGUGUACGCGUGUAUUUGUAUAUGUGACUUGUGCUGUCAAACGAAGCAGCAUUAGCGGCGACAGUACCAACACCAAGCAUCGACGGCGACGAAGUUAACGCGUUGCUUUACCUGAAUUUCAGAACUACCAUAGACUUUGCGCCCGCGUGAUCGUCUAAGUGUAGUGUGUUUGCCAUAGUUUCUACAGAUCAGCUCGCCCAUCUACUGCACUGCAAAUAUGGAGGUCGACCAGGAGUCGGGUGUGCUGCACUCGAUUUUAAGCCCCGAAGAGCUGGGGGCCAUUCCGGAAGCAUCGAUAAAAAAGAUUGAAAGCGCGUGUGAAAAGAAGUUUGAGGACUUUCUUACCGCAAAAGCGUUGUGCGAAACGACAAAGACUGACCUAGAAAAAAGCAAAGCAGAGUAUGAGAAACAAAUAGAGCUGCUGACACUCAAGGCGGAAGAUGAAUCGGCCAAAUAUCACUCGUCCCAGCUGAGCGUGAAGGAGAUGCGUAUCGAGCUGGAGGACGUGAAACAGGAGCUUUGCAAGGCGAAGGAAAAGCUGUCCUCGAACGAGGUCGAAAACGAUCGGUUCCGCAAGGAGCGCAACCAGGCGAUGAAUGAACGCGACGCCAUGGACAGUGCGCUGAAGCGGAAGGAGCUGGAAGUCGAGCGGCUGCACCAGGAUGUGCUCGAGCUGGAAAAGAAGCUGAAGUCGGCCAGCGUGGCCAAAUGCGAAGCGCUGGCCAGGCUGGACGAGAUCGUUAGCAAAGAGCACAGCCUUGAGUUUAAGGAGAAGCGCAUGGAUCAGGAGCUGUCGAUGCGGGACCAUCAGAUCGCCCGCCUGACGCAGGACCUGGAUCAGGCUUUGCGGGAGCUGCAGGGAAUCCGGCGCGAUCAGAACAUCAAAUCGUUGACGGUGGAGACGAAGCUGUCGGAAAAGAACGAAGAGCUGAAGAUCGCUCACCAAACCAACACGUUCCUGACGGAGCAGAACACGGAACUGUCAUCGAAGGUGGAGGAGCUGGCGACCAAAAACAUGAAGCUGCGGACGGAAAUGUCCACCAUGAUGGAGCACUACCGGAAGGAGCUGGAUUCGCAGAACCGGCUCUGUGAGCUGCUGCAGCAGGACAAGCAGGACCACCUGGAGCAGACGAAAGAGCUCGAGUCGGCCAUCACCGCCCUGCGCCAGAUGCUGAACGAAGCGACCGAGUCGUGUGGUACGAUCGAGACCGAGAAGAAGCAGCUCGAGCUGAAGCACGCGGAGGAGUUGGCCGGCCGGGACAAGUCGAUCGGUGAGCUGCAGGAGGAGCUGAAACGCGCGAACGAGCUGCUGGCGGCGGCUCACGAGGAAAGCAUAGAGCACGCGGUGGAAAAGAUAGCCCCGUCGGCAGCUGCUACCAGCCGCAUGCUGAAGACGGGUAUGUCACUGACGGAGGUGUACACCCAGUACGUCCGCACGAUGGAGCUGCUCCAGCAGGAGCAGAAAGAGAACGGCAAGCUGAAGCUGCAGCUGCAGAACAUCCUGCACGAGCUCGAGCAAAGUGCGCCGGAAAUAUCGCGCCAGCAGAACGAAAAUCACAAUCUAAGAGAGGCAAACGAGGAGAUUACGCAGCAGCUCAACAAUCUGAUCGCGAAGAGCGGCGAAAUGCACUCGGAGAUGGCGGCGGUGCGGGAGAAAAUGCGCAUCGUGGAAGCGGAAAACAAAAACUUCCGCCAGGAGCGGGCGGAUCUCAGCCGGCAGAUCUGUCACCUGCUGAACGAGAUCGAGAAGAUGCAAAACGGUGUCAUUGCGCCGGACAUCGAGCUGGCGGGCACCGGCAGUCCGGGCGAGCUGAUCUCAAAGAAGCUGGUGACGUUCUCCAACAUCCAGGAGCUGCAGGACAACAACGUGAAGCUGCUGCUGGUGGUGCGCGAUUUCAGCGCUAAGCUGGAGGAGAUGGAAAAGGUGCACAACUCGAUGAGUGCGGCCACGUACGAGGCGAAGCUGGAGGCAUGCAACAAGCGCAUCAACGAGCUGAAGGAUACGGUGGAGAAGCAUCGCAGCCUGCUGGAGCAGUGCAGCCAGCAGCGAGAUCGGUACAAGAAAAUGUACCACGAUGCGAUGCGCAGCUACAAUCCCGCCUUCUCGACCGCCAGCAUGAACGGCGGCAACAUGCAGAGCGAUUCAAUGAUGGACGGGCUGGAUGAGGUACCGCUGGCCAACAGCAGCACGGCGAACGACGCGAACGUCAGCAACAGCAGCAAUCAGCUGGCCGCACUCGUGGCGGAGAAGGAGCGCAAGGUGACGGCGCUGGAGGCCAACCUGCAGGAGCUGCAGAAGGAGCUGGGUGGUGUGAAGAAGGAGUAUGAGGCUUACCGGCGCGAGAAGCUGGCCAACGAUAAGGCGGUCAAUGAGCAGUUCGACAAGUUCCGUACCGAAAUCCGCGAGCUUACCGCAAACAACGUGAAGCUGAUGGGCACCAACGAAUUCAACGCCGAGCAGAACCGCAUGAUAUCGAAGAACAUCACGACGUACAAGAACCAGAUCACGGCGCUGGAGGAGCGUAAUCGCAACUAUGAAGGCACGAUUGCCAAGCAGGAAGCCUCCAUUAUGUACCUGAAGGAGGAGGCGAUGAGCGCACAGUCGAAGCUGGCCCGCGCCGAGGUACAGCUGGAGAAUCUGAAGCAGGAAUGCCGGAUUCUAAAGGAUAGCGAAUCGCGCCUGCAGGCGGAACGGGAAAUUCUGAACCGCGAACGCUGCAACCAGAAUCUGCUGCUAAACAAUCUGGAAAUGAUCAAGGUCAGCAUGGAGCGGUCGGAGAACGAAGGCAGGCAGCGGCUCGAGUCCCGGCUCGACGAGACGUCGCGCGAAUGUUCGGCCCUGCGGCGGCGGUUGCAAGAGGAGCAGGAUCGGUUCCGGGAGCAGAUGGCUUACCUGCAGCGGCAGGUCGAAACGGCACAGAAGCGGAUGGACGAAGAGGUGGCGAUCGCCGAGGGCCACCAGGCAGCGCUGCGGGAGGCUCGCGAUGAGCUGGAGAUCAAAUCGCGCAAGAUCGACGAUCUGCAGCGCAAGCUGCAGGAAUCGCUAGCUACGAACGACGAGGACAAUCCCGUGACGCAAGCGAGACGAAAGAUUCGCGAGCUCGAACAGGCCCUGGCGGAGAGUGCGGUCGAGGUGGAGUCACUGCAAGGGCAGCUGGCAACGGCCCAGGAGCACAUCAAGCAGUACGCGCAGCUGUCCGAAUCGGCCGAAAAGGAGCUGAAGGAUCUGACGGAGCUGUACAAUCGCACCAAGCAGACGAGCGAGCAGGAACUGGCGGAGGUGCGAAAGAGCGAGGAAGAGCUGCGCACUCAAGUGGAAGAGCUGAAGACGCAAAUAUCGUUGAAGCUUACCGAUGAGCAGCUCACCACCGGUGACCAGAAUUCCGAACUGCACAAGGUGCAGCUGGAGCUCAAGAGCACGCUGGAAAAGCUGACCGCGCAAUCGAACGAGCUGCGUCAGUAUCGUGAUAAAACCAACAACAUAUCCGAUGAGCUGCGUGCCUUGGGAGAGCGGUAUUCGCGCGAGGUGACGGAGCAUUCGACCGACAUUACGCAGCUGGCAAAGCUGAAGGAAGAGAUGCACCGCACGCAAGCCCAAUUCGACGAGCUGAGAAAGCAGCGCGACCAGGCGCAGGAGCAUCUGAAGACGAACGAAGAGUGCUGGAAAAAUCGCGAACAGAUGCUACGCACCGAAGUGUCCCAGCUCGAAGAACAGCUCAACAGCCUCAACUCGCAGAAUGCGGCCCUGCACGACCAGAUACAGAGCCUGAGCACUCGGUUCUCGAUCAGUGCCGCGGCGCUCAACCAGUCGGCCGUCCUGUCCGAAUCGGCGACCAAUCCGGACGAUUCGAUGGGCGGCGCGGACGCUUCCAUACUGAACCGCUCGCUGAACGACGAGGAGAAGCAAUCGCUCGAACAGAUGCUGCAGAUCAUCAAAUACCUGCGCAAGGAGAAGGACAUUGCGGUGGCCCGGUUCGAUGUGCUGCGGUCGGAGAACGUGCGCAUACAGUCGGAGUUCAUGAUGCUGCAAAAGAACUUUGACGAGUCGCAGGCGGAACUGAAGCAAAUGCGCGAGAACGUCGACACCGAAACGGUAACCGCGGCCAAGCACGAGGAAAUCCUGCGCAAACUCGACACGUACAACGCACUGACGGACAGCAACCGAGUGCUGAGGGAGGAACGGGACGGUCUGAACCAGAAGGUGCGAGAGCUGUCCCAGCGUUUGCUCGAUGCAGAGGAUAAGCUGUUCCCGCUCGAGGAAAAGGUGCGCGAACUGACGGUUAAGCUGGAAUCUUCCACCAACGAAAAUACGACCCUGCGUAUGGAUGUGGCGCGCCAGCGGCAGCGCAUGACAACGCUGGUCGAACGUUCGUCGAAAACAAACUCGGACGACUGGAAGCGCAUGCAGACGGAGCGUGAAAAUCUCGCCAAAAUGCUGAUGGCCGAGAAGGAGCUGCUGAAGCAAGCGAACGAGGAGCUGAACACGCACAAAGUCGAGCGCACGAGACUGGAGGCGGAAAUGGGCACCGUUAACAAGAAGCUGCAGUCGGCCAACGCGCUGGUAAAGAAGCUGUCGGACGAUCUGGAAGCAUCGGCCGUCCAGGCAACGGAGAUCGAAACACUUCAGGCCGCGUUGAAGACUGCGGAAGACAACCUUGCGGAUAUGCGCAUCAAGGAAGGCCAGAUUCGAAAGAUUGCCAAGCGCUACAAGGAUGCAUUCACGGAGCUGAAGCGUGAGACGGACGCGCGGAAGGAAGAUGAAGCAGCAGCAGCAGCCGGAGGAGGGGCAGGAGCAGCUGGUGCUAACGCGGCAGCCGGUGGUUCGUCCGGUGAUGGCAACGCUUCCACCGGUGAUGCAGCGGCUGCAAUGCAGGAAGCAGGAGCAGCGGCGGACUCGGAGGAUAUGCGCAAACAGAUAGCGACGGCUACCGAAGAGAUUGACACGCUGAAAAAGGAAAACGAGCUGCUGCGGGCGAAGCUGGAGAAGGCCGAACGCGGCAUGGACAUUAUGAAGGAUGCGAAAAACCGCAUCCUGGCCCUGACGGAGCAGAAGAACAAUGCGGCACGGGAGCUGAACGCGGUGAAGUCGCAGAUGCAGCAGCAGCUGGAUCAGAUGCGCGAGGAAACGGACACGCUGAAGGCACAGUACGAGGGGCGCGUGACGCGCUGCGAGAAGGAGAAUGCGGACGCCGAUCGCGAAAGCAAGGACGCGAUCAGUCGGCUAACGAGGGAAAACGAGCAGCUGACGAUUCGAUUGAACCAGCUGAACCGGCAGCUGGGAUUGCAGCAGGCGGUGGCCAAACCGACGACCAGCGCGGUUGGUGCGGGCGCGUCCGACAAACCGGUGGGCGAAAGUCCCCGCACGGCGAACGUGAAGCCGAUGGCCGGGCCCAGCCAGCAGCAGUCGGCUACGGUUACGCCGAGGCGGGUGAGCGAAACGCCGCUGGCCAGCAUCCGGCCGAUGGCUGUGGGUAGUCGCACCGCCGCCGUGCUCCCGACGAGCCAAUCGAGCAGCGCAAACGUUGCGAUCGUGCAGGGUUCGUCGGCGUCCGCAACGGUGUCGACCAGUCCGGCGCAAGGGGUCAGCGUAUCGGGUGGAUCCGCGGCAAGUACGGCAGCUUCCGGUAGCGGCAGCAGCAGCAGCAGCAGCGCCGGUAGCUCCCUAGUGGCAGGUAGUGGAGGAAGCGGACCGGCUGGAGUGUCCGGUACACCGUCGACCAGCGGUCUCACCACAGCGCUCGUUCCGCCCCAGCAGCAGCAGGUGCACAGUGCAACCGCGACCAGUAGCAGCAGCAGCAGCACCAGCAGCAGCAGUUGCAGCGCCACUGGCGUCACCAAUCCGAUUGGUUUGAACGAAUCGAUAUCCUCACCGACAAGCUCGCACACCGACUACAUGCCGGCGACCAGCUCGGCCAGUGUGGCCGUUGCAGCAGUGCCGCCAAUGGGCACGGCUUCCACCUCCACGGCCGAAAGCUCUUCCUCGUCUUCCAGCACGUCCACGCAUGCGGAGGGGGAAAAUGCACCUCAAAUCGCCCGACCGGACGACCAGGCCCAGCAGCAACAGGUGCAGCAGGCCGCCGUAGCUAUGGUGAUGCCCCAUGUCGAAGGAGUUGUUGGCCAGCAACAGUCACCGCAGGCUCAUCUGUCGCAGCAGCAGCCGCAAUCGGCGGUACAGCUUCAACCACUGCAGCAGCAACAGCAGCAGCAACAACAGCAGCAACAGCAGCAGCAGCAACAGCAGCAGCAACAACAGCUCCAACAGCAGCAGCAACAACAGCAGCAGCAGCAACAACCGCAGCAGCAACAGCUACAGCAGCAACAACCACAGCAGCAACAGCUACAGCAGCAAUCAUCAGCUCAAGCAUCCUCCAGCAACACCGUAACCACUACACAGGCCGGUCACAAGCGACCCCGCGACGUAGAAGGUGACAGUUCGACCGAUAACGCUGGCCAACAGUUGGUCAGUAAGCCAGCGCCGGCAAAAAAGCGCCUUCGAUUGGUGCAAGUGGCAGCAGACGGGUUCCAGGGUGUCAGUGAAUCUGGCUUAGAUGUUGAGUAUCAAGUGCCGACAUCUUCGCAGCGCGAUCAAGAGGACGACAUAAUCGUGGUCGACUCCGAGGAGGAAGACGACGAUGAUGAUGACGACGAGGAGGAGGAGGACGUUGUUAUGGCUGACGAAGGUACGGCCGAAGCGGACGAUGGUCCGUUCGAUGCGUACGAAACGGAGGAGCUGGGCGUUGCGGGCGGUGUUGGUGCGUACGACGAAGGCGAAGGGCCGGACAUCGACGAGGAUAACAACAUCCAGUCCGCCAACAAUGAGGUCGACGUGGACGAAGACGAAGCACCGAAUCCGUGCGGUACCACCUCAACCACCUCCACGUCGACGUCCUCCACCUCGUCGUCCACGCUGUCCGCCAAGGUAAUGGAUACGACCGCGGACGUGGAAACGAGCAGCACCAGCAGCUCGACCGUACCCGCCGGCGGCAGUUCCGUUGCCGUAGCCGGUGCCUCCACCUCUACGGAACCGUCCUCCGCUGUCGAAAGCGGCGCCAGCACAAGCUCGACAAGCGGUGGCAAUACAUCGAACGAUGCGCAACAGCUACCGCAGAUCCAAAGCACUACCGGGGCCAGCCACGGCGAAGCAUCUGCUGCCGGUCAGCAAUCGUCUUCCUCUUCCUCGUCAGCCCUACCGUCGGGCGCCGCUGCGUCCUCGACGGGAGCGGGCGGUACCGCGGCCCAAUCGCAGGCAGCGGCAGCAGCAGCAGCCGCGGCUGUGGCGGUCGGUGGCAGCGGCGUUUCCGCCGCACGGCAGGUGGUCAAUCCGCUCAGUCGCCAGCAGCAGCAGGCGGCUCAUCUCAUGCUGAUGCAGCAAAACUACGACCACCACGAGGGUGCGGACGAUCGCAUCGUACCGAGCACACCGACAUUGUACGCGCCUCGGCGAACAGAUGGGCCAUAAGACACAUCGCCCACGGGGAAGAGAAUGGCACACUCGAUAGCACACUUUUAGCUUGUUUCUUUCGAUUAUUAUUAUUUUUUUGUGAACCAGUAAGGAACUCACUUCAGAUAAUGCCACGAAUAGAUAAAAGUUAGAAGUCACUGUGUAAGGUCCAGAAAUUCAGGUAGAACAAGGGCCAGAGUUGCACACUGUUCAGAUAUUGAGGAUAGCUUAUUCUGUCCCGUGGGUCAGCUUAUUUCGGGGCGGUCCCAUGGCACAGUCGUCAACACGCACGACUUAACAACGUGCCCCUCAUAUGCGACCGUCUCCCCGUAGCCAGGUACUGACUGUAUCCGGCUGCGUGGUUCUCAAUAAGUUUCACACGACUGUCAAAGGCCAACAUGACCACGUAGGUCGUUACGCAAAUAAGAAGAAGAGGAGGUUAUUUCUGGUGUGUUUCUACUAUAUAUACACAAUACAUAUGCUAUGUUUUAUGAUUACAAAUCGCAUUCAACGAAUAGAUAAUUUGCCGUCAAGCCCUUGUUAAAGCAUUCCAAACAUUCGCGUAGUAGUGGAUUAAAAGAAAAAAACUGCAGUUUUAUCUAUUCUUUUCCCUUUUUUACUACUAGGCACUAGAUAGCUAGGCACUGAAUGGAAAACACUUUAAAUAUGUUAAUGUUUUCACCAUCUUAGGUCAACGAUUACAUUGCUUUACUGUUCCAAAUUACAUUCGCAGGAAAAUGGGAAGAGAAAUCUUUCGACAAACAUAUUCCUUUACUAGGCUCUUCUUAAGUUUUUCUCACAAAAAUUGGAUUGAACACGCUCAAAGGGCACCGCAACCACUUCAUACUAUAGACGGUGGCUCCCGAAUCGCUCCAAGAAUAGACCGUUUUCCGGGUCAGUUUUCAAUGUUACCAGCAUUGUUUAACGCUCACAAGAUGUUUUUCAACCGCUGAUCAUAUAUUUGUGGCAGCAGAACUGUUGGAAAACAUCUCGCAAGUGUUGAACAAUGUCGCUAACAAGUGAAACUCACCCAGAAAACGAUGUAAGAUAUGUUUUGAAACAAUUUUCGAUUUCCAUUUAUACUAUACUUAGUUGCGCACCUUGAUGCAAAACAGGGAUUAUUACAUUUCUGAGCGUGUUUAAUCUAAUUUUAAAAUGAGCAAAUGUCAAAUAAACUGACUUCUUUUAGUGUUAGGUGAAGAAUUUUUAAUAGCGUACAACAGUGUGUGGCAGUUUAGCUUUAAUAAGAUUCUUGUUUGUUUAUCCGUGAACAUUGUACAGGCGUCGUGUGUAUGUUAUAGGUGUUUAGAAGUAAGUUUAAAACAGAACAGUUAGACUAUACUAGGGUACAUACGAUCAAAUUCUCCAAUAUAUACGUAAACACACGCUCCGAUAUACUCACCACCCUAUCUGAUAUAGCAGACAUUGGUGACACAUUAUCCAAAGGAAAGAAAAUUAAAACAGCAGAUAUUCUUGCUUUUUAUGCACGUAGAGAACUGUUGUUAUCUGGUGUUGUAAGCAGCAAUGUCCGAAAAUAAAGCCAUCAUCCCAAAAAAAAAAAAAUCACAUUCCACUGGUUGUGUAAUUCCUAUUCCUGUAGAGACACAAAGACAAGAGAGAAAGAGAGACAUUAUGCGAGAGAAGAUCGCGAGAAAAGUAAAAUAUAAAAUACGACGUUUUGCUUUGAUCAUUUCAAUCGUUUCGGUUUGUGCUUUACAUUUCAAAGGAGGCUCCUUUUUUAACCACCCUUAAGCGCUAGCCCUUCAGAAGCAUUCAAACGGGCCGCAUUGCUUCGCAUGUAACGCUGUUAUGGGUCAUGUUACCGUUACCUUUAGCUAAUGAGGAACACUUAAUGAAGGUGUUACAAUGUUUUCUGCUGUGUGAUAUCAUAGUUAUGAUCACUUAUCCGGCGCUACAACACGCCUUGUGGGCUCGUUGACAGCCGUUUAGCUGUUCCUAGGGAUCGUUCUUUAGUUAGUCUAGUUAUGUUGUUUCCUCCAAUGUGAGUGUGUCUGUGUGUGUGGCAUACACUAAAUGCGCGUUAUGUGUGUUCUGUUCCCAUUUCCCGU